UUAAGAGUGAGUCCGUUUGAAAUAGCAAAGCAAGCACUUUCCAACUGACGGAGUUAACUACGACUGAGCAGUGUGGCAGCCUGCGGAGGAAAACAAACGAGAUGUCCUCAGACGAAGAGGAACCGACCAGUCCUGUUCUGCCCAAGGACUCUGAUCGUGGCAGCUCUGUCUCCUCUGACCUCCAGGAUGAGUAUGAGGAGCUCCUUCGCUAUGCUGUGGUCACCCCUAAGAUUGAGACACUCACCAGUGCUCACUUUCCGCGACUGAGCACCUCAUAUCUGUCUGCAGAGGGCCGUACGUCCCAGAGAAAAGAUGACACAAAAUCACAGCGCCCAGCAGAUACUGCCACUGAAGCUAAAGAUGGGAGGCAUUCUAGUAGGAGCUUCAGAUCACAGUCCUCCCUCUUGAUUGUUGAGCCCGCCACUCACUUAAGAACCUCUCAUGCUCAGGAGAUGGCAGGUCGGUCCUCUAGCAGGGCGUCAGGGCUCUUAGACAGGUUAGAUACGUCGCCUGAGAGGUCAGGGCCAAAAAGCCCAGACCCCCUUGAAUCUUCUCUGACAGAGAUCUUUAUCUCAGAGGAGAACAUAAGCAAGAUGGAGAAGAUUCUGGAUACAUGGAGCAACACCCUGAAGUCAAAUGUACUGACUGAACUCAGGAAGUGGAAGCUGGCAUUCAAGGAGCAACAUAAGCUUGAGAUGAAAAAAGAGAGGGAGAGGUAUGCAGCCCAGACAGCUGGCCUGAAGUCAGAGCUAGACAGCCUGAAGGGGCUGCUGCUCACCUAUGAGACUUCCAACCAAAGAAAAGAUGAGGUGAUCGCAAACCUGAGCCAAGUGUUGGACAGACAAAAAGAAAAGCUUGAAAAGAUGAGGGCUUUCACCCACUGGAGACUUCAGCACACUGAAGCUAAAGAAGAGGCUCAUGCUACUCAAGCAGCGCGGCAGCACUACAAUUUGCAGCUGAAGAAGAAGGUGUGGUUAGCCUGGCACUCUCUGGUCCAGAAACACUGGAAGGUCAAGGUGGAGCGGGCUUGCCGUGCAAAGGCUGAAGAGGUCUGCACCCGCAUGUCUACAGAAUAUGAAACCAAGCUGGCAGAGCACUGUGAGGCUAUAGAGAAAGCCCAGGCAGAGAUUCAGAGACUACAACUGGAGCGAGAGCGCUAUGAGGAAUCCAUGAAGAAAGCCUUCAUGAGGGGCGUAUGUGCUCUCAACAUGGAGGCUCUUGGCAUGUUCCACAUCACAGAGGCUGGACGCUCAGAGCAACCUCCAGUUCAUGAUCAGCAAGACAUUCCUCCCCAGGAUGAGCCUGGCUCUACUACAGUGACCCAACUCCAACCAUAUUCCAUCUCUUCCACACGGUUCAGCCCAGUCCAUUUUGACCGCCCGGAUCCUUCCCACGGUGAAGCAGAGGAUCUGGUGGGCUCUGGUCCCCCCCUGUCAAGGGCAGAUAUAUUCCCUCCUGCUACAGUGGUGCACAGCUCACUCCCACUUGGGGGCACUGCAAGUUCCAGCAAACAGGUCAGUGGUCGUGUUGUCACCGCCAGUCAACAAAAACCCUCAAAGACUGUAACAGCUCGCAUCACUGCACGCACUGACGUUAGCAAGGCUGCACGCAGCAACCUCCAGGUGAUGGGUGUGGCUCCACCCAUGAGCUCUGUGAUCGUUGAACGCCAUCAUCCUGUUACACAGCUCACUGUCGGUCAGGCCACAGCUGCCAAGUUUCCUCGCUCCUCCCAACCGGGCCACAGCUCCACUGAAGGCAGAAGCUCCUCCAAAACACACACCAGCACGUGCCAUGUACACUCCAUCAAAGUAGUUGACUGACAGAAAGUGUUGCUAGUU